AUGUCAGAACGUCAACAGCAAGAGGAAAUUCAAAUAGAAUCUUCCUUCUCAAAUCAAAAUGACUCUCCGAUAGCAACCCCAACGCAUACAGAGGAUCAAUCCACCCUUCUUUCACAAUUUAUCACUCAUCGAUCAUCAACAACCACAGACAGCACACCCUCAGGCCUUUCCCAACAACAGCCUGCACUUCUCAACGUCUCAACAAGCACACCCAAUAAUUAUCGGAAACAAUUAUAUCAAUCAUGUGUGUUUACCUAUCAAUUAUUAGUCAUUCAAGGAAUUUAUUCGUAUUUUCUCGACUAUUCUAUAUUUGUUUUAAUUUUGAGAUUGGUUCAAAGUUUCAUGUAUCAUUACAGUUUUGUUUAUUCAUAUGGAAAGCCCACAAUUCUAGGAAGAAUAUUUAAAGAUAUGACAUUGGUGAAGAAAUUAAUAUUGAUCAUCAUUACAUUAUUACCAAUUGUGUAUAUUCAUGUAUCCAAUUACUUGUCCAAUGCAACAUAUUAUUCUCGAGUCAUGCAAGUAACCAAUAAUGGUGAUUCAUUUGUACUCAUUGACUUUUUUGAAAGAGAUGUGAAUCGUCACUACUCAGAAGAACCAUUGAAAAUUGGAGUUUUUUCAACGAAAGAUAAUUCUGUCACAGUUCAUGGUACCCGAGAGACAAGAUUUGUUGAAAAUUUGGGAGAAACUCGUACUCAAACAGAAGGAGCAACGAUUCAAAGUGUUGAUUCUCAUACUACCUCCAACAGAAUGUUUGACUCUCAUCCAACAUUAUUUGUCAUCUAUUUGUGUCUCUUUGACGUUCUGUUUGCAAUACUUCAAGUUUCCUACGUAACAAGCUUAAUUUCUCUCAAACGAAAGCCAACACAGCAACAACAACAACUGGUUCUUGAAGAAAACAACAGCACAAUUACAGACAUGGUAUGA